AUGAGCUUGUUAAAAACCAUCAAAACCAGAACAAACCCCAAGAAUCUCAUUGAUUUAAGCAUGUCAGAAGAAUUGAGCCCGCCGGAAACCCCGAUACGCAAUUUUUCUGGGUCUCCGUUGCCUCCUGUACCGGAAGGUAUGUCCAAAAAGCAGUGGAAGAAGAUCUGUAAAAGAAAGAGAUUUGAGGAAACCAAAGAGAAGUACUAUGAAGUGCGACGCGAAAAGAAAUUGAAAGCGCGUCUGGCGCGGCGCGCGAAAAUCCAAGAGUUUUUGGAUCGAGGCGAAGAAGUGCCGGAAGAAUUGAAGAGAAAGCCACGUAAGAAUUUGAAUCAACAAGACUCGGGGAUAAAGAUAUUGAUAGACUGUUCUUUUGACGAUUUGAUGAAUGAUCGGGAGAUCGUGAGUUUGAGUACACAAUUGACGCGUGCGUAUUCGUGGAAUAAACGUGAAAAUUAUUUCGCAGACGUGAAAGUGACGGGGUUCGAUAAGAGACUGAAGGUUCGGUUUGAAAAGGAUUUAGAAAAUUCGAAUUUUGGAGAAUGGAAGAAUUUCGAGUUUGUCGAGAAUGCGACGUUGCCUACGGAGAACGCGAUUUAUUUGACGGCUGACGCUGAUGAUACAAUUGAAAAACUCGAGCCGGGUGUCACGUAUAUUGUUGGUGGUAUUGUCGACAAGAAUCGGCAUAAAUCUCUGUGUUACAACAAGGCCAAAGAACUGGGUAUUAGAACGCGGAAGUUGCCCAUUUCCCAAUUCGUUAACGUGCACGGGAGACACGUGCUAACGACGGCACAUGUCGUUCAACUUAUGCUCAAGUAUUUUGAUCAUCGCGAUUGGAAGGAGGCUUUUGAGAGUGUGCUUCCACAGAGGAAGUUGGAGGAAACCACUGAGGGUGUGCUGCAAGGAAAUCCGGGAGACGGCUCAGACCAGAGCGGCGAGGAGGACAAAGAGCAGGACAGCGAAGAAGACAUAGAUGACGCAUAA